UUGAUUUAGCCAUAUUGUAUUUAGUCUUUAGUUUGCAAAUAUAUAUACUAUCCCGGGUUUGUUUAUGUUUUGCAUUUCUAAUGAUUAUUUACUAUAACAUCGUGGUUCAAAUCAUUCAGUUUGUAAUUGUUUUUUCAUUUAUCUUGUGUAUUUUAUUUCAGUGAAUUUACCUGAUGUUUUACUUUACUUCCUGGAAAUUAGGCCUUCCUGUUGGAGGAUUGGCACAGGAAGAGACCAUCUGAAGAGGGGGAAGCAGUAAUCCAUCCAUAUUAAGUUUUGGGCAUUGUGUAAUUUAAUGCUGUUUGUAUUUUAAUUGUUGCAUUGUUUCAUAUUCAGAUAGUGCUGAAUUGGAUUGAUUUUAACAAUGAUACAUUUGAUAGGAAAUGUAUCAAUUGUUUGGGGGUGCCUGUGUGGGAGAGUCCAUUGGAGGCCAUUUUGUCUACCUUGGUGGGGAAAGGUAUAAAAGACAAGAAAUUGAGAGAGAGGGAGAGAACCAGGUCAGUGUAGCUGUGUGCAUGUGACAUUAAUUUUGGUUGCUUUAUGUUCAGUUUUGAUCUGUUGAGCCAUGUUACCCUUUUAGUUCUUUUUUGAGAUUUUUUGUAAAUAUUUUUUCAACACCUUUUUGUGAAUAAAUCACCUGCUGCACUGGACAUCUUUUGCCUGACUGCCUUCCUUUUAGCCACUUUGGCCAGGCUAACUCACAUUUGGUGGCAGUGGUGACUUCCAGGCCAAGGAAGAGGCAGUGGAGAAGAUGUCAACCCGGUCAAAGAGGGCCUUUGUUCCAGACUGUGAAGAGGAAGAAGUCGAAGAAGCCAGUGACCAACAAGGGGCAGCAGAACGUGAUGUCAAACUGGAGCAGGAGUACAAGCGACAGGAGGACAGAUGGAGGCAAAUUCGGCAUCAGUUUUCCCAGCUUCAACAGCAGGUGCAGCAGGAGAGGGUUGACCAUCUGCAAUCAUGGGAAGCUCCAGCAUCUACUUCUGCGCUAUCAAGAGGACCUACUCCAGAACCAUCUUCCCUUCCACAGGAUCUACUCCAGCGUGACUCUGAACCAAUGCGACAACCCAUUGGAACACAGCAUUCAACGCUGGUGAGACACUCUGGUUGGAAAGGACCAAAAAUGCAACCCUACAAUGAAGGUGAGGACAUUGAACAUUAUUUGACCACCUUUGAAAGGAUUGCACAUGCCUGCCAGUGGCCUCAAGAUGAGUGGGCUCUUCACCUAGCCCCACUGCUAACUGGUAAAGCUCGUUCGGCAUAUGUAGCUAUGGAUAUGGAUGACACUAUGGACUAUGCAAAAGUGAAGUGUGCUGUUUUGCAGAAGUAUGAAAUAAGUGAGGAAACAUAUCGACUGAGAUUUCGUUCCAGUACUAUGAGGGAAGAGGAAACACCGAAGGAACUGCAGGUCCGCCUCAAGGACUGGUACAUCAAAUGGAUGACUCCUGAAAGAAAGACAAAGGAACAAAUCGGAGAUGCCAUCAUCUUGGAACAGUUUCUCAAGGUACUGAAUCCUGAUCUUCGGACAUGGAUUAAAGAGCGCAAUCCAAAGACCUCCAGAGAAGCAGCAGAACUGGCUGAAGCCUUCUUGUCAGCUCGUCGACCAUCCAGAGACUUCAUUAAAGCUAAGUCCUUUUCACACUUGCCUUCCAACAAGUCAUCUAGCGGCACUGACUUUCGUCUGAAAGCUACAAGACAGAACUGGUACAACACAGAUCCUGCCAGAUCUGAGAGAAGUACAGUUAAUAAAGCGUGUCAUUUGUGUGGUCAAAUAGGUCAUCUUAAAGCACAAUGUACAAAGAUGUCUUCCAGUAAAAACUACAUGUGUUCUGCUUUACAAAAUCAACUCAGUAGGGAGGAUAAAAGUGUAUGUGAAUUGCAGCAACAUGAACCAUCCAUAGGGGUGCUUAUUGAAGAUAAACCCUGUGUAGCUCUGCUGGAUUCAGGAAGUAACCGCACUCUGGUUAGACAAGACAGUCUUCCUAGAGAUGUGAUAUUUUCAGGAGCAACAGUGGAUGUGUGUUGUAUUCAUGGUGACAAUGUACCUUAUCCUAUUGCUGAGGUUUCAAUUGAAGUUGAUGGCCAGUGUUACACUCUUUCAGUGGGAGUACUGCAAACACUGCCAUAUCAAGUGGUUUUGGGCCGUGAUCUCCCAAUACUAGCAGAACUAAUAACCAAGCAUUCCUGUCAGGCCAAAGUUGGUGAGAGUUUGCUAGCUGUCACAAGGUCGGAAGCAAAGAAGCAACAGGCUAAUGCUUUAGGUUGGGAUGAGUUGCCUUUUGCAAAUGAGGGUGGACCAUUGGAUGGGUUUAGCACUUGCAAUAAAACAGAAAAGAGCAAAAAGCAGAGAAGACAUGAGAAGGUGAGGGGAACAAGAAUAGCUGAGCACAUUCCAGAGCCUUUAGAGGUUGAAGCUCUUCCCAGUGCUAACCAUGUGGCUAAGCUACAGAAAGAGGAUCCAACACUUCAACCAGUGUUUGCUAAAUGUGUUCAUGAAUCAAAUCAAGUUAAGGGUAGAGAGGAAAUGUUUAUGCUUAAGGACAAUUUGUUGUAUCGCCGCAGCCAGAUUGGGGACCAGCUGGUGAUCCCACAGAGUUUGAGACCGACAAUCUUGAAAAUGAGUCCUUCAAUUCCCUGGGCAGGACAUUUGGGGCAGUCUAAAACAUUUGCUAGAAUGGUUCCCAGGUUCUACUGGCCCCAACAGAUCCAGUAUAGACCAGGACACAAGAAUGUCAUUGCUGACUUCCUGUCCCGUGACUCAGAGGAGUAA